AUGGAUUCUAGAUAUGCCACAAGCGUCUCCGAAGCAGCACAUAUAUUGGGACGUUGUUUACAUUUACCAGACGUCGUAUCCUUUGUACAAGGACUAAACGGCAGAUUCACUGCACGUCAAGUAGCUGCUCGUGAUGUUUAUGGGAAUGCUGAGUUCCGCUCCUUCUACACCUAUGUUUGUUCCUUGGCCCACAUCAAACGAUUGGCAAAAGAAGAGGAGGAAUUGAAGUUGCUUCCAGCUCUAUCAAACCACGCGCAUCGUCAGUUCAAGGACGUAGUUUUUCAAGUGUCUCAAGUUGUCUGGAUGGAUCUCGGCGGGUGCAGAAAGUAUUGGUUUCCCCCUGAACGACCUGAAGAAGGAACACACAGUCAAGCACCGUUAAAGGAAUUUACAGUAAAGAGCGAAGAUCAUGAAAUAGAUGAAAAAUUCGUUUUCACUUAUGAUGAUGGUGUUUACACUGCCAGAUUGGACCAGGCCACGGCAUUCUCAACGUUUUAUACGAAUGAAGCAAUAUAUCAAGCGGCAGGCAAAGAAUUCUGUAUAGCAUUGGAUGUUGCACUGGCUAUGAGUGGUUCCGAGGCAGUUGUCGGGUCGUACUAUUCCGUGAUGAAUACGCAGUCGAAGGCAGAGGGUCAAUUGAAUGACACCCUCACCCAGCGAACAAACGUAGACUGGUGUUUCCUCAUGCCUUUACAGUGUGUGGAAACUAUUAGAGAGGUGGCGUCCCUAUAUUUGGACGGCAAUAAAGAGAUCGGACUACCACGUCAUCAAAUUCCAGUGUUCGUGGAUGAACGAGGUCGCGCUUUAAACAAGUAUGCACUGUACAGAACUGAUUACUUUGUUUUAAAUGAAAAAGAUAAAGACUACAAAAAGUAG